AUGGAGUAUUGUGUAAUUUGCAAGGAAUUAUCAACCAAUGGCCUCGAAACAGUGGAACUUAGGCAAAAAGGAAGCGAUGGCAUCAACAAUGCAAGUAAACUACGUGGCGACACACUCCAAACUUUUGCAGGACGGCGUGUACAUAAAAAAUGCAGGCAGAAAUACUGUCAUGUAAAGGUUAUUCGUUCCUACAUAAAGAAACAUACGGCUGAUGAAGAAACAUCCUCUAGUGCAAGUCGUACCCUGCGUUCCAGUGAACCAACAUUUGAUUUUGGUGAACGAUGUUUAUUUUGCAGCCAGCCUGCUAAACUUACGGGAAACAAAAGAGGACAUGAUGUUUUUCCUGUUAGAACAUUAGAUUUUCAAACCACAUUAAACCGAAUUUGUGAGGAGCGAAGAGACGGUUGGGGUGAGAAAGGGCAUGGCAGAAUAUCUUUUUCCCAAGAUCUCAUUGCAGCAGGUGCAAUUUAUCACCAAGUUUGCAGUAUCAAUUUUCGGACGGGGAAGCAAGUACCGCUUUCUCAUCAAACUAACGGAAGCAAACGACAAAAGAAAGGCAGGCCAACUGAUAAGUCUAGGCAAGAGGCAUUCUUGGAGGUUGCAAAAUAUCUUAAGGAAAACGAUGACGAGCAGAUAACUGUGAACGAUCUUAUGAAUAAGAUAGCAGAAUUCAACGACCAAGAACCUUACAGCGCACGGUAUAUGAAAGAAAAACUUAAAGAGCAUUUUGGAGAAAACAUCGUUAUUGCUAGUAUCAAUGGUAAGGCUGAUGUCGUAACAUUUAGGAGUACAGCUUCGAGACCAUCUUGCAAAAUUUUUAUGACGCUUCUAGAGAUGCUGACCCUGAAGCAGAUAAAAUCAGAGUGAUUAAGGCAGCUGCUGAUCUCAUAAAAACGGACAUCAAAAGUAAGGACAUCUCUAAAAGUUUUUAUCCAUUACCUGGAGAGAUUUCGUCUUUGGAUGAAAACUGCGCUUUUCUACCUGAAACGUAUUGUAUUUGUUUCUGAGAACAAUAUUUAACGAAAAGAGUGCAGAGCGAAAGAUUGCUUCCAUAGGGCAAGCCAUUAUUCAAGCCGCUCGGCCCAGGGUCCUGAUAGCUCCUCUUCAACUCGGCCUGGCAGUCUAAAUGCACCACCAUUAUGGAUCCAAAUUUUUAAUUGAUUCCUUGAAUAGUCAUGGGUUCUGUUCCUCUUACACUGAAGUUAAGAAAUUUGAAAUGAGUGCGGCGCAAACAAAAGGCACAGAUAUUCCUGGUUUAACCCCUGGUCACUUUGUACAAUAUGUAGCAGAUAAUGUAGACCACAAUGUCUGUACGUUGGACGGACAGAACACUUUUCAUGGUAUGGGGAUAAUAGCUGCUGUUACUCCGGCCACGCAUCCAGAUUCUCCAAUACCGAGGUGUUCCACCACAGCUGCAGAGAUAGCAAAUAUUGGAAAGAUUGAUAUUCACUAUUACAAGACGGCUAAUGAUGUCAAAGUGCCUUUGGUUUAUGAGAAACUGCCAUGUCUUUCUAACGUCAAUAAAACUUGGAAGUUAGACUUUCUCUGCAGUUUAGUUUGGCCAAUUCGAUCCCCCAAGCCAAAUUGGUCUGGAUUAAUGCAGACUAUAAGCAAAGGAAGCCAUCCCGGAAAAUCUUCUGUUACAUUCUUACCAAUGAUUGACAUGGAUCCAACAAACAUGAGCUGUAUAUAUUCAACGCUUAAAUUUGUAGAAGCACAAUGUAAAAGACAACAUACCACGCCUAUUAUUACAUUCGACCAACCCUUGUGGCGGAAAGCGCAGCUUAUCGUAGAGAGUGAACCACCAGACAGUGAACCGCGCUCUAUAAUACUUCGUCUUGGAGGAUUCCACGCAGAAAUGAGUUUUCUUGGUUGCAUAGGCAGCAUUAUGUCUGGUUCUGGUAUUGAAGAACUUUUAGAGUGUGUGUAUGCUUCAAAUACGGUGGGACACAUGCUCAGCGGCAAAGCUGUUCAAAGGGCAUUCAGAGGACAUUUACUAGUGGAAAAUGCUCUAAAUGCAAUUCUCACCGCCGAUGCCUUCAAUUUAAGUCUACCUAAGGCGUGUUUUGCCAAGAAUUAUGAAGAGGGAGAGCUUGUGAAAGAUCGAAGGCAAACAGUUCCAGUACUCGAUAGCGUUGUAGUUGAGCGCGAUGUUCUUAAUGUUGCAGACACAGAGCCAGUGAACCGCGGGGACCGAAGUCAAACAGUUCCAGUGCCCGACAGCGUUGUGGUUGAGCGCGAUGUUCUCAAUGUUGAAGACACAGAGGCAGGGAAACUCAGCGAACCAAGGCAAACAGUUCCAGUGCCCGACAUAGUUGUGGUUGAGCGCGAUGUUCGAUAUGUUGAAGACACAGAGGCAGUGAAACGCGGGGAACCAAGGCAAACAGUUCCAGUACCCGAAAAAGUUGUAAUGGAGAGUGAUGUUCUUAAUGUUGAAGAAACAGAGCCAGUGAAAGGCAAAGACCCAAGACAAAACGUUCCAGCGCCCGGUAGUGUUGUAAUCCAAAGGGAAGUUCCCGAUCUAAUUCACAAGGCAGUCGAAUUGUAUGAAAGG